GCAUACUCAGAAAGGGAAUCAAAAAUUUGUCAUUUGCCUACAACCACACUGAACUAAAAUCCGCAAAUCUAACCCUUAGGCUUUUGUGGUCUUGGACAAAUGCAAAAUGUCUUUGGUUGAGCAUUUUGACGCGACGCUUAACGCGGACCCAAAUACACGUACUCGAGCUGAACUGUCUUUAAAGCAAUUGGAAAAAGAACCUAAUUUUAUUUUGGCUGUUCUUCAGCUGCUAAGUGAUCAGAGAAUUGCUCUUCCCACCCAGCAAGCUGCUGUAAUUUACUUAAAAAACAGAAUUGCUCGUUCUUGGACGACAGUUGAUGAUGCCCCUUCUUUACUAGAUAUCCCUGAAGAGCAAAAGGCCCUCUUUCGCCAAAACCUUCUUCCGGUUCUGUUGCAAAGCCCAAUAUUUACGAGGUCUCAUUUAAUGGCCAUAUUAAACAUUAUCCUUUCCACAGAUUUCCCUGAUCAGUGGCCCGGCUUUAGUGAGUUCACGGCCAAUCUUGUUCAAUCUAAUGAGCAGUGCGAGGUAUACGCAGGCUUAAUUUGCUUACAUGAACUUUCUAAAGUGUACAGAUGGCGUUUAGAUGACCGCCAACGCGAUAUCGGGCCUUUAAUAUCCGCCGUUUUUCCAAUUAUUCUUCAAAUAGCUCACAAUUUGAUAAAUAUGGAAGACAACGACUCUGCCGAAAUGCUUCGUCUCAUCUUAAAAACAUUUAAGUCUGUCAUUGCGUUAGAACUUCCUUCCGAAUUGCUCGCCAAUGACAUGAUCCUUGCUUGGAUUCAACUUCUUUUGGCUGUUGUUCAAAAGCCAUUGCCCGAGUCCGUUAUGGCCCUUGAUUCCGAAGUGCGCCAGACCCAUGUUUGGCAUAAAUGCAAGAAGUGGGCAUACUAUUCCUUGAAUCGUAUUUUCACCCGAUAUGGAGAACCUAGUUCGCUUUACGGAGAAUCUGCCAACAAAUACCGCAAUUUUGCCAAAAAUUUUAUCGCGAAUAUUGUCCCUAGCAUCUUGGAGACAUAUUUACAACAAACCACGUUAUGGGCACAAGGUCAAUUAUGGCUUUCUCCUCGCAUAUUGUAUUUCCUUGGUUGCUUCUACGAAGAAUGCGUAAAGCCCAAGAGUACCUGGCAGCUUUUACAGCCUCAUCUGCGAUUGUUGAUUGGUGAUUUUGUUUUUCCUCAACUAUGCAUGAAUGAAGAGGACGAGGAAUUAUGGGAACUUGAUCCCGUAGAAUUUAUUCAUAAAUACAUCGAUAUUUAUGAUGACUUCAAUUCCGCUGAUGUUGCUGCUUCUCGGUUUCUUGUUCGAUUGGCCUCUAAGAGGAAAAAGCACACCUUCAUGGGCAUUUUAACUUUUGCUAGUGAUGCUUUGAACCAAUAUGCUGCUUCUCCUCCAAACGAGAAGAACCCUAGACAAAAAGAAGGCGCUCUUCGUAUGGUUGCGGCUGUUUCUAAUUCCAUCCUUAGCAAGAACUCUCCUGUUGCUGGUAUGAUGCAAGAGUUUCUUGUUGCUCAUGUAGUGCCUGAGUUUACUAGUCCUGUUGGUUAUUUAAGAUCUCGCGCAUGUGAAAUGAUUAACCGCUUUAGCGAGAUUACUUGGAAUGACAAAUCUCAGCUCUUGAUCGUUUACCAUUCAGUGCUUAACUGUCUACAAGACUCGGAUAUGCCUGUACGAGUACAAGCUGCCUUGGCCUUACAACCUCUUAUGCGUCAUGUCGAAGUUCACGACGUUAUGACGGCCCACGUACCUACUAUAAUGCAAAAUCUUUUAUUCUUGGCAAAUGAAAUUGACAUUGAUGCUUUAUCUUCCUGCAUGGAAGAAUUCGUUAGUUCCUUCAGCCACGAGUUAACUCCUUUCGCUGCUCAACUGGCUAAGCAACUUCGUGAUACUUUCCUUAAGUUUAUGCAAGAAAGUAUUGAGCAGUCAAACUCUGCCGAAGAUUUUGACACUUUGGUGGAUGAUAAAUCUAUUGCUGCUAUUGGCAUCUUGAAUACCCUAAGUACUAUGAUUUUGAGCCUCGAAAACACUGUUGACGUUUUGAGAGAAAUUGAAGUAAUUCUUUUACCUAUUAUUAGUUUCGUUUUAGACAACAACAUUUUUGACGUUUUUGCUGAAAUGUUUGAAAUAAUUGAUGGUUGUACUUUUGCCUCAAAAGAAAUCUCCCCUGUGAUGUGGAGCGUAUAUGAAAAGCUUCACGGUGUUCUAAAGGAGUCUGGCAUUGAAUUUGUUGAAGAUGCCACUCCUGCUUUAAGCAAUUUUAUUACUUAUGGCGGUAAAGAAUUUGCUGCACGCCCUGACUAUAUUGCUGCUAUGGUGGAUAUUAUUUUACAAGUCUUCAACAGUGAUCAUUUGGCUGUUAAUGACCGUAUUGCUGCUUGCAAACUCAUAGAGUUGCUCAUGCUUAAUUAUCGUGGCUUGCUAGACCAAUAUGUUCCUACUUUUAUCGAAAUUGCCGGUAACCUACUCCUAGUUAGUGAAAAACCAACUUCACAAAUAUAUCGCGUCUUUUUAUGUGAAGUUAUCAUUAACGCUUUGUACUAUAACCCUGGCAUGACUCUGGGCGUUCUUCAAAUGCACCAAUGGACGGCUCCUUUCUUUGCCAUGUGGUUUAAGGAUAUUGCCUCCUUUACUCGCGUGCAUGACAAGAAGCUUUGUUUAGUUGCUAUUUUGUCUAUGAUUCCCCUUUCAGCUGAACAGGUCGCUUUGGCAUUGCAAGAAAAUUGGAACCAAGUCAUGAAAGUAAUUAUUUUUUUGCUGAAAACAUUACCUGAUGCACUAGCAGCUCGUGCUGAAUUAGAAAAAGAAUACGAUGGGGAAACAUUCAAUCUUUCUAGCUCUGGUUGGAAUGAUGGAAUUGACUGGGAAGCUGAUGAAGAUGAUGGUGUUGAUGACUUCGCUGUCGAAUAUGAAGGUCCUGAUUUAGAAGGGGAUGCCUCUGGUGAGGUUGCCGAUGAACUGGAUGAUUUCGAACGGUAUCAAGGUAAUUAUCUUCUAGACGAGGAUCCUUUAUUCCAUACUUCUCUUGACCAAAUUGAGCCCUUCUCCCUUUUCCAAGAAUUUAUGGUACACCUUAAGGAUAACAGUCCUAUAGUAAUGCAGGAUAUGAUAAAGGAUCUUAAUGUCGAGGAGCAACAAUCACUCCAAACAUUGGUUACUGAACUACCAGCUGUGCUCGCUGCCUCCGCUGCUUCUACCAAACAGUAAUUCUUGAAGUUCUAGUGAAUUUGAACUAAAACAAAAAUUGGGUCUUUGGUAUCGGAAAAAUUAUUUAAUUAUUAGUGUUUUCAAAGUUUCAAAUGGUUUUUGCAGUCUUUUGUUUGACUUGUAUUAACGCAAAGCCUUAAUUACCUUUUGUUUCAUCUCUGGUAAAUUUGGUCACUGCUGAUGGAAGUAGAAGAUUAAGAAAAUUCUUUUUCAUCUAAUUCAAUUCAAUUACUCUCCUUGUAAUAUUAAAAUAAUGCAAGUAAC